AUCGACAGAGCCUACGAAACUUUUUUAAAAAGUAGGCAUGUCUACCGUCGUUAUUAUUGGAUCUAGUUUCGCCGGUCUUGCGAUCGCCAGAAUCUUCGCCAAAUUGGACAAUUCGUUCAAAAUCACCUUCAUCUCCCCAAGUGAUAAGUUUUACCCCGUGCCCUUGACACCAAAGCUCGCGGUUGACACAUCUCAUGUUAUACUUGAAGAAAUCAACUCCACAAUUUUGAAGGACUCUCCUGCCAAGUUCAUCAAGGGCUUGGUCCUUGAAAUCGACCCUCUGAAGAACCAGGUUAUCACCACCGCUGAGGAAAAGAUUGUCAAAUACGAUUAUCUCUUCAUCGCAUCCGGAACCAAAACCAAUAAUCAUGCUUUCAAAUGCUACGACUCACUCGACAAGAGUGUGGCUGCCUUGAAAGCCAUAGAGGAGGGUCUUGCAACCGCCAAGAAGGUUGCUGUAAUUGGUGGAGGUCCUACUGGCAUUGAGAUGGCAGCUGAGGCAAUCGAUAGAUUUUCAGACCUCAAGGUUGACUUAUACACGGGGACUGAACAUCCAGCAAUGUUCUUUGGCCAGCGUAGAAGACUUGGGACUGAGACCAAGUUGGCCACGAUUGGUGUCAAUGUCAUCAACGGCAAGUAUGUUAAGGAAUUUAGUACUACGUCUCUUGUGGUUGAUGGUAAGACCGUUGACUACGAUUUAGUGAUUGACUGUACUGGAGGUAAGCCAAACUCGGAAUUCAUUCCUGCUGAGCUUUUGGAUGAUAAGGGAAGAUUGAUCACCAACGAGUAUUUCCAGACUAAGUAUGACAACAUCUACGGGUUUGGAGAUAUUGUGGCUAUCACCCCAAACACCAUCUCAGAAUUGGUGAUUUAUCUGGCUAAGACCCUCAAGCUGGUGAUUCAAGUAGAUAUCUUGAAGCAGAAAACCAAGAAGAUCCCUUACGGUAACAAAAAGGGAACUCUUGUCAUUAUGAUCCCAAUUACCAAUAGAAUGGGUGUGGGUGAAGCAUUUGGAUUCCCUAUUCCUUCUUGGAUCAUUGCUUGGUACAAAGGUAAAGGAACUACUGAAGAGAAAGCCCAUCACUUGCUUGGCUUUUUCGAUAGACUCCCUUAAUUGUUGAAUUUAUCAUAUCCUCUAUAUGUCCUCGAUAUAAUCACCCAUUAAUAUAUCCCCUGUAUGCCU